UGGAGUUCCAGACAUUGCUCUGCAGUGUUAAAACCUGUAAAUUUUUUUUUUACCUGUAAACAAUUUAUUUUAUUCAAAAAUUACUCGUGCAAGUGUUUUAAUCGGUGUCAUUACAUCAGUAUUGGGCAAACGAAAGCGAGAGUGUUUUUACCCGAGCAGCCUAUGAGCUAUAGGAAAAGAGUACUGUAAGCGAGUAGGCGGGGGGUGGUUAGACACGCCGCACAACGAGAACGAAGCGAGAACGGCUCUCCGCACCGUGUUACUACGAGCAGCAAGCAUUUAUGCGUACUAGCGAGUAGGCGCGGGGUAGAGGUAAACCGAACGCAACGAGAACGAAAAGGAACGGCUCCCCUCGUACCAUUGCAACGAAGCAAAGAGUCGUUUUGCGUGUAAGCGAGUAGGCGGGGAGUGGUUACGAGCCGAAUACAACGAGCCGGUUGCAUUGUAACAGGCAACCAACUGAUAAGAAAAAUAUUUCGAUCGAAUGAAAAGGCAGAUGGUUUGGCCAUUGUGUUUUGCGUUGAGUUGUGAAAUAUGUUGAAAUGUGCUUGUUUGUUGAAAUGUGAAUUUUUUUUUUUCAUGAUUUUUUGGCAAUUAUUACGGUAAAUUGCGAUCGGUAGUGUAUAAAAAGUAAUUUUUCGUGUUCGUGAUCGUAUUUGCGGUUCGAUUAAGGUAAGAAAUUUUGAAUUACGGUGAUUUUUCGCGAAAUGAGCAGCUUCGUGCAGGUUUGGUGGUGGAAAAUUUUGUAGCAGAAAUGUGCCUGACGGAAUUUGAGUAAGUCCAAUUUAGAAUAAUAUUAAUACGCGGUUUUCUAUGUUCAUAGCCGAGAAGUAUUGUGUUUCGUACAUCUGGAGUGCGUGGUUAGCCAAAAAUCGUGGAAAUUUCAAAAAUCGAGAAGCUCUCGUCGCGUGUGCUUGCUAAAAGAACAAAACGAGCAGCAACGUGGUUGGAAAUUCCUUUGAGUUGCCAGAAAGUUUUUCUCGAUUAGUAAUUGCGACUUUGGUUGGACGAAGCUUUAAUCGGAAAGCUGAUUAUUGGACGGAGUGUUAUUUUUUGAUCGUUUGAUGAGAAUUAUUGACGCUGGAAAAAAAAAAGCCGAAGAAUUCGACGUUGUAAUUGAAGUCGAUUCGUGUGACGAAGUUUUUUUUUGACGCUGAAAAAUAGCUAUUUUUUGACUAAAGAAGAUGGCGAUGAAAGGCGAUAAGCCGCAGCAACCUGAUUGGGAUGAUACCGACGAGAGUAGCGAUUCUGAAAGCGAUUCGGAGACGGAAGCCACGCAUUAUAGAAUUUUUCGGUGUCAGAUAUGCGGUAAGCCGAUCGGUGAAGGGCCGAAAAAGAAAAAAUCAAAUACGACGGCGUUCGCGGUUUCGUGUGGGCACCAGUUUCACAAAAAGUGCCUGAAGAAAAAGAAAGCAGAAUUACCGUGUGAUUGCUUCGUUAAUGGCUGCCGGAAAAAUGGCAAAGUCGAUCCUGAGACGUGGCGGAAAUUACGCGGCGGUACUACCGAGGUAUCAAAGUGCGCGGAAGAAGAAAAGGAUUCCUUACGCGAGCGGCUAAUAAAAGAGAUGCGGCAAAAUACAUUGCUGAUUGAGCAAAACGAGUCGCUGAUCCAGUCGUCGAGAGAGUCGCCGCGUGCUGAAGCCGAGCAAAUUCGAGUUGAGUUAAACUGCGCGAAAACCGAAAUAGAGCAGCUCAAGUCGGAGUUGGCAGAGGUACAGCAAAGAGCUGCGACGCUAGUGGUACAGAACGAUGCGCUGUUGCUCGCGAGUCAAGGUCCAAGAGAUUGGUCAGUCGAAGAACUCUCUGAGGAGGCUUUUGCAGCCGAGGCGGAGAGACGCGGUUUUGAGUCAUCGCUGGACAGACUGAACCGAGAAGAACGCGACCGGCGCUACCGACAGUUUACGGAGAAAAUCGAAGAAAAUAACAUGAACUUCGACGAGGCGCUGCAAGCGAUAGACCGACAAAGAGUAUUCACGCAGGUCGACAGUGCACGGAUGAUGGUUUUAAUCGACAUCGACAGAGAAGCGCUGGACAAAGAAGUUAGAUUGUCAGAGGUUCUCGAUGGAAUUAGCGUGCUACCGUCAUUGACAGGUAUCGAGCAGCCGACGGUGCAAAGAAUGAUUGAACUCAACAGACGUCUCGAGCAGCUCGAGAUAAGUUACGACGACGUGUUCGAGGUAGUCAACGAUGAAGCUGAGCGAGCGCGUCUGGAAGCCAGAAAGUCGCUGAAAAAGAAAGAAACUACGAAACCGGCGGCGAAAGCGGUAGUUGAGAAGCCUCAAAAGACCGAAGAGAAACCAUCAACGUCGAAAGAGAAGCGGUCUUCGGUCCCGAACACACCAGACGUAAACCUGGACGGAAUCGAGACGGACGAAAGAGCAGCGCGUGGAGACCUUAAAGAAAGAAUUCAAGGGAUACUCGACUCAUACAACGAAACAUCAACGGUGAAGACCGAGACGCCUCAAGAUUCCGAUAACGUAGUCAAAAAAUCGAUACUCGAGGCGCGGGUGAAAAAUCAAGAGCGUACGCCGAUUACGACGCAGCAACAACAGCCGCGGUACGCCACGCCGAAUACUCCGGCGUCCGAUUCAGCGAGUCGAUCGCAGCGAAGCACGAGCGAGUCACGGAGGCGCGACACGAGCACGGGUGAUUCCUCGUCAAAAAAGACGGAUGUAUCGAGUAGUUCGCGCGGAUCGAGAGUAAGCGGCGUUGAGUCGAUUGAAAAGAAGCGGGCGUCAUCGAGGAGCUCGUCCAGCGAGUCGGAUUCAGAUUCGUCCGAGUCAACGCCACCGAAGAAGUCCAGAAAGUCGAAGUUGUCAAGAAAGCGAGCAGCGACGAAACGCAAAUCAACUUCAAAGAAUAAAGCGUCGCCGAAGAAGAAAAAGGUUACGUCGACAAAAAAGAAACCGGCGACAAAACGUAAACCGGCGACGACGAAACCGGCGGUAAAGCGUAAACUCCCAGUAGCGAGAGACGAGACGCCGGAAAUACCGCCUGAAGGAGUGAAGACUCGUAGCCAGACGCGAAGCGAGUCGAAAUCGGUAGAGGAAGGCGAAGUUACCCAAUCUAGUCAAGAGACGCUCGAGCUUGCGGCAGAUGCGAGUGAAUUCGAGGAGCAGCCCGAAUCAAGACCACCGUUACCGAAUGUACCGGCACCUGAGCAGCCGCCGCCCCCGAGCCCAGAGCGAGUUCUACAGGACCAGCAGCCUGGUCUAGCGCAGUUAACACCGGGCGAACGGGCGCAGCGCGCCUUUCAAGAACGAGAGCGCGAGUUUAGACGAAACAUGGAAAUAGCGUUGCGACAUCACGACCGAGAAGCCGCUAGAGUACGUGAAGGAAGAAUGGAUCUCGGACCAAUAGAAGAUUAUUUCGAGCCGCUGGAAAAUUGCCCACCGCCACCAGCGCCGGUAUGGCUGAUGGCCGAGUUUCGGUACGAGCCGCGCGGUGAGAGAUACGUUCGAGGUAUGUUUUUUCCGGUCACGCGCGACACGAUUCAACAGUCGAUGCAGAGCCGAGGAAUUUUGAUCAAUAAUGAGUUGACGGUACGAGAUGACUUAUAUUAUCAGAGAGACGGCGGGGCUGGGAUUCUGGGCCGAGUAUACCGUGGAGGCGCUACGUAUUACGUAAUAAACUCGUUCGUCGUCAUCGGAGAUGCUCUCGCGCAUGCGGUGGUAAGCGAGGUGAUCUACCAAAACGUAGCGGCGAGGCGAGCGUGGAGUGUGCACCCGCUCGCGGGCUCACGAAUUCCAACGACCACCAUGUGCAGAAACCUGCGAAGCUUGGUCCAGCGGGCGCCGCAGCGAGUGGUAAUGUCGGCGGGGCAGUUUUGCAUGGAGUCGCAGACGUUCGAAAUUGUAACCGAGAGAAUCCUCGAACUUUGGCGCGCGAUGCAUCGGCGGGGUACGCGACACAUUUUGAUGGUGCCUCCGCUGACGUGGCCGCACUGCCCGGAAAUACGCGUCCGGAUACGGGGGUUUCUGCGGCAAGGACCGACGAGAGCAGAGUUCGAUGGCAGAUACGUAUAUAUGGAGGCAUUAGAAGAAACGAUCGAGAGAUGCCCUCCAGCGACGUUCCGUGGUGAGACGCCGUAUUUGAACGAGCACCAAGCGUCGGAGGCGUUAGUCAGGAUAUUUGAAUACGCAACGGUCGAGCGGAGAUGGGGGUAUGGUCAGUUUCCGCGAGAGCAGGAUCCGCCGCGUCCGGUGGAGCAGCUCCAAGCAAACCAACUUCAACGUAUCGAGGAGAUGUUGAGGCAAGACCGUGCAGCCUUGGCGGCGCAUGAACGAAGGAAUGUCCGCGAGCAGCUGGAACGAGAAGUACACGAGAGGGAGCUGAUCGAAAGAGUGCAGCGACAGAUGAGACACCUUCCUGGCGCAGAUCGUCAAUUACUGCCCGAGCGAGCCGCGCAGUUGGUCAACGAGGUGAACCGACAGAUGCCUGAGCCGCAGCAACAGCCGCAAGCUGGACCGAGUCGCCAGCAGCCGGCACAAGAAGGAAGACAGUUACAGGUGGCUAUACCACGAGCACCUGGAUUGGCCGGAUUUGGACGAGGUCGUGGCAGGCUGGCGGAGAGACGCGAGCGAAUGCGAUUGGAGGCGGAGGAAGAAAGACAAAACCCUCAGAACGAACAGAACCAGAAUGAUGGCAGAGAAGCACGCUAAAAUGCGGUGAAAAUUUUUCGAAGAGUCGCCUCUGUCUGUUUAGUUUUGUUUUCUCGAUGUGAAAUUUGUCUCACGCGCGAUUCGUUGCAGUAUUACGAGUAGUGAACGAAAGUAGUUCCAAAAAUUGUAAAUUUUUUUUCCCCCUGAUGUUGUAUUUUUUAUUUUUCUCGAUCGUGGUCUCAAAUUUUUUUUAUUAUUAUUGUUGUUUAUUUUCUGAUGUAAUUACGAGUAAGCUCCUCGAGGAAAAGAGAAUUUUUCGAGUAGAGCAGUUUUUUUUGGUAUUUGUUGUUUAUACUAUUGUUUUGUUGUUUUUUGUUUCUACCAUUUGCCAAAUUAAAAGAUGAAGUUUUGUUUAUUGAAUUUUGAGGCGUGCUAAUAAGUAGAGUAUGCCGAAAUGUAAAUAAGUGUGAAUUUGUGUGUGAAUUUGUGCAGGCAAAUGAGUAGUUUAGUUUACGAAAGCAAUGUUUUUUGUGAAUUGUUUGUUGGAAUUUAAUUAAGAUCAUUGAGUAACCAAACAUACGAGGUGAAGUUAAAUCUGCUGUGAUAAAUAAAAUAAAAACUUACGUGUUGGAAUAGACGGUGUUUUUAUUUGUUGCGAAUAUCACCAUUCGAGAAGUUGAGUAUUGGAAUAACGAUCUUGAGUAGCUCGAAAAUACCUCAGAGGUACCUGUGAAAAGAAAAACGAAGAACAAAGUACAAAGUUUUUCUUCAAUUUGAGCAAUAAAGAAGUAAAAAUAUUACGUCCCGUGGUAGGUAUCGAUGAGUAGAUUGGAGCAAUCUCAUGAGUAACUUGAAAUGAUCGUGAAUAGCUUGAGGUAGUCAUGUGAGCAGCUGGAAUUGAGACGUUUAAACUGGUCCAGACGUGUCGAGUGCCAGCAUCUGUGAAAAUAAAGAGUUAGCACUCUGAGGUAAAUGGUGAGUAGAGAUAUGAGUAGUUACCUGAGUCUGGCUCCAGUGAGAAGAAUUCCAGCGAGAAUCUGAAACAGAAAGAAGAAAGAGCAAGGUUAGUGAGAAGCUCACCUGAGUAGUGUCACAGGUUCCAGUUCAGAUUAAUGAAGCAAUCCAGAGCUCCAGACAAGAUUCCAAUCCAAGGAUGGUGUAGAAUUAAGGUUAACAUAGUAAUGUAAUUAGAUUAUGAUUUCAUGUAAACAUGUUUAGAUAUGUUAAUCUUAAGUUCGCGUAUUGUUAUAAGAUUCUGCACGAGUAGCCAGAUAGGGUCUGAUAGGGUCUUAGGACGAGUAGGCCACAUCUGUGAUACGAGGCGGGGCAGGGGGAGCCCAAGUACUCUACGAGACGCUGAGUAGGCCUCUUUUAGGCUGCGUAUCCAGACGGGCCCCCGAGCUAUACCCAGCCGGGGCAUUAUGUAGAGGGUACUUGGGACUCCAUGUUACCACUCUACAGUGGUAAUUUGAUGCCCAGGCAGGCGGCAACACUGCAACUGGUACAACGCCAUCUGGUGUACUAGUUCAGUGGAGACGACGGCCGAGAUUGCCGAAGCGAGCCGCCUUGCAGUUUUCUAACCAUCUUCAUAAAGAGUAGUAAUAAGUUUAACGCUGGCUUAUGCCAACUCUGUCUGUUAGGAAACGCCUCAUCACCAGCAGAAUCUUUCGUGUAAACGAAUGGUAUUGAAUAGUUAUCGUAGCAACGUUCUUAUUCACUGUACAUCAAAUGAGAGAUAUAAAUAUAUGGUGAAACGUA